UGCGAAGAACUUUACAUUAUAUAUAGUAAAUUAUAUUAGAAAUAAUUACCAAUACAGUAAAAUAAUAUUUUAGUUAAAAUGACGCUGUCAAUGGGAGAAAUACUCAAAGAACUCGGGUGGUCAGACGGGUUUCAUAUUCCUGCAGCAAAUGAAGAAAAUAAAAAAUUGGAACAAGAGGUGGAGGAGAAGAUGAACCUGAAGGCCACGUACGCGGCGCGGCUGGCGGAGGUGUCGGAGCGCGUCGAGGCGCUCUCGGAGCACCUCAGGAACAUGGAGCAGGCGCACCAACAGAACCAGGGGCUGCUGACGGCGCAGUAUGCGCAGCUGCAGACGGAGGAGCACCUGGCGCGGCUGGCGCGCAACGAGCACGGCCGGCUCGGCCAGGAGCUGCGGCAGCUGGACAAGGCCUCGGCCGAGAUCGGCGAGCGCCACGCCGCCCUGCAGAAGGACGUGGCGCGCUACACGGACAAGCUGGAGAAGCUGAAGGCGAGCGUGAAGUGGGACGUGGACGCGCGGCUGGCCUGGGACGAAGCCGUGGUGCGCGGCGAGGACGACAACCUGGUGAUACUCCGGGCCAUCCGCGAGGACGACAGCGAGGCCAAGGAGCGGGAGCUCGAGCGGCAGCGGCUGACGGAGGACGUGCGGGCGCGCGAGCGGCUGCUGGCGGAGGCGGAGGAGCGCGCGAGGGAGAUGCGGCGCGUGCUGGACCACACGGCCGAGCUGUUCCGGAAGACGCACGCGGAGCGCCGCGACCUGCUGGCGCAGUGGGAGGACUCUGUGCGCGCCCUGCACCGCCGCGACCAGGACAUCUACUGCGCUGUGCAGGAGCUGGGCGAGCUGCAGGAGCGGGCGAAGGAGCGCGAGGCGGAGCGCGAGGAGCGCAGGCAGUUCCUGGACAACGAGGUGAACAACAACAAGGAGCUGGAGGCUCGUGCGGAGCAGGGCGCCAGGACGGCCGCGCGACUGCGUGAGGAGCUGGCAACCCUGCGCGCCGACGUGGCGCUGCUGGCCGGCGAGGAGCAGAAGAUGCAGCGCACCAUCGCGCAGACGGGCCACCAGCUCAACGACCAGCUGCGGGCCAACGCCCAGCUGCGGCAGGACAUCGCGAGGAAGCGCGACAACGCGGCACGCACCAAGGCAGCCAACGAGGAGCUGCGACGCAGGCUGGACGAGGUGGCCGGCAGCUCGUCGUCCGCCGCCGACCGCGUGCGCCAGCUCGAGGAGAUGAUCCAGGUGGAGGAGCGGACGGGACGCGUGCUGGAGCAGGACGUGGCCCGGCUCGGCGAGGCGCGCCUCCGGACGCAGGCGGAGCUGUCGGCGCUGCGGCGGGCCGGGGACGCCCUGCAGGUGGACCUGAAGGGCUGCGAGCUGGCCAAGGACUCUCUCCGGGCCCGCUCGCGCGACCUCUCCCACGAGCUGCAGCGCCACAAGGAGGUCACCUACAACCUGGACUUUGAGUGCCAGAAGCUGGAGUCGCGGCUGGCGCGCCUCUCGGGCCAAGGCCCGCCGGAGGACCAGGAGGCCAACCAGAGGAAGAUAGCUGAGCUGGAGGAGACGCUCGCGCUGAAGACGUCCACGCUCAACCUGGUCAAGACCCAGAUCGCGCGCCUCGAGAACAUGGAGCGGCAGCUGAGCGCGCGGCUGGGCGCGGACGGGGAGGAGCUGGCGCGGCUGGAGGGCCGGCUGCUGGAGCUGCGGGCGGCGCGGGAGGGCGGCCAGCGGCAGCUGCGCCAGCGCCGGGAGGCGGCGCAGGCGCGCCAGGUGGAGGAGAACCUGCUGCGGCUGCGCGUGCGCCAGGCGGAGGCGGCGGUGGCCCGCGAGGGGGAUCGCGUCUACGACCUGGAGCGCUACCGCCUCGAGAUGGAGGCCGCCAUGAAGGAGCGGCAGGUGGAGAUCGCGGCGCAGAAGGACGUGAUGCUAGCGCGGCGCCGCGGCCUGGCCGAGGAGCGGUCGCGGCUGCUGCGCGAGCAGGCCGAGUGGCGGGAGAAGAUCGCGCAGCUGCACGGCCGCUACGAGCUCACCGUGUCCACCUUCGGGCAGAGCGAGGACGGCGCGCAGCUGUCCGUCACCCAGGUCAUGCUCAAGAACGCCCAGGAGAAGUACGAGCUGCAGCAGCACGGCGACCGGCUGGACGCGCAGAUACAGCGCGCGGAGAAGGAGAUCCUGGCGCUGGAGAACACGCUGAAGGUGGUGAAUGCAGCGAACGACACCUACAAGAAGAGCCUGUCCCCGGUCGACGAGGACGGUCCGGAGAUGCGGAGGAAGGCCGAGCUGGAGGCGCAGCUGGCCGAGGCGACGGAGAAGCUGAGGCUCCACCGGACACAGCUCCAGGACCUGCGGACCACAGUCACGGACAUGGAGGGCUCGCUGGCGGAGGUGGAGCAGGCGGAGCAGCGGGCCCGGGAGCAGUUCGCGCGCAAGCAGCAGGAGCGCGACGAGCUGGAGGCCGUCCUGCGUGAGCAGCAGGUGAAGAUGGAGCGCGCCGCGCGCCAGGUGCGGCGCGCCACCCAGGAGCUCAGGGGCCACGCUGCCGGGCCCCCCACCCUCGAAGAGAGGGACAUAGAGACGCGCGAGCUGCAGGAGCAGAACCAGACGGCGCUGCAGCACCUGGCGCUGGUGGCCGGCCUCCACCUGGAGACGGCGCCCGUCAUCAAGCGCUACCUGGCGGACAGGGGCCUGGCGCUGCCCGCGCCGCGCCCGGCGCCCCCCGAGCCGCGCGCCGUGCCCAGCCCGCCGUCGGGCGGCCGCAGCAGCGCCUGCUCCAGCGCCCGCUCCACCGUGUCCCCGAGCGUCGUCACCCUCGACGCCGCCCGGCUGGAAGACUCCUGUUGCUCGACUGACUCCGAGUCCAAACCUGAGGGCUUCGGGCGGGAGAGUGACAGCAUUUCAGACCAUUGA